GUUUUCGUUUCCUUGCGAUGUACCGAUCGGGCUUCGCUUUCAGUUUCCCGACGCGGUGUUUUGUUUACUGAGGGCUGCGUUUCGCUUCUGCAGAGGCGGCGGUUUCGGUCCGAGGAAGUGCCCUCAGGGAGCGGGCGGUACCAUGAAUGUUCGCUGCAGCUUUCAGAUGGCUCAGGCACUGGGCUCGGCGCUGUACAGGGAAUGGGCCAAGAGGCUGUUUGCGAUCGAGUGCUGCAACAACUCAGAGCCGCUUUACUUCGCCCUGAGCCCGUCCCCUGAGGGGCCCUGGGACGAGAGCUCCCGUCUGCACCAGGUGCUCAGCCGCGGCGAGAGCUACUCGCUCUGCGUCGCCUCCGAGAACAGGGUUGAAGGCGCCGAGUCCUAUGCCCGGCUGCGGGCUGAACUCACCGCGCUGCCCCCGAGGUGCCGCGUUAUGGAGCUGAUGGCGUUCUCCCCCGGCAAACAGGGAUCUCUGAUCAAGGGAUUCCUGGUGCAGGACGAUCGCCAUCACGAGGGCACAGAGCGUCUCCUGCAGCGUCUGGUCCGUGAGAGCGGGCAGACCACUCUGUGCAGCUACACCAGGGAUGGUGCUGGCAGAAUCUGGCAGAGACUCCGGCUCCUCACUGAUGGGCAGGACAGGGAGAUCUCCAGGAACUGUCUCUCUCUGGCCGCAAGACCAGAGCUCCAUCCCUCGGUGUUGAACAUCAAAAACUCAGUUAUAUUCUUCAAGUACGAAGAUGCUUACUGCGUUUUGAAAGAGUGUGUUGAAACAAUUCCUAAAGCCAAGGAAAUUCUGCAAUUAGCGGAUCAAUAUGACAGGACUCCUAGAAAGGGCCUACAUCCAGUAAUUGUGAUAGAAGGACUCGAUGCAACAGGUAAAAGUACAUUGACUGAAGCUUUAAGAGACUCCCUCCAAGCAACGCUUCUAAAAUCCCCACCAGACUGCAUUAGCCACUUGAGAAAAACAUUUGAUGCAAAGCCACCUCUUAUACGACGGGCUUUUUAUGCAUUGGGCAAUUACAUUACUGGCUCCAUCAUAGCAAGAGAAUCUGAAAAGUCUCCGGUAAUUGUGGAUCGAUUCUGGCAUAGCACUGCAGCCUAUGCUAUUGCAACAGAAGUCAGUGGAAAACUAGAGAACCUGCCACCACCACAUCAUGAAUUAUACCAGUGGCCCCAGGAUCUAAUUCGACCGGAUUUGGUGCUGUUGCUCACAGUUGAUGCAGAGGAGAGAGUCCGUCGUCUAGAACAAAGAGGAGAGAUGAGAACAAGGGAAGAAAUCGAGCUGGAAGCAAACAGUAUAUUUCGACAAAAGGUGGAAGCAACUUACAGAAGAAUGGAGAAUCCAGCAUGUGUUGUGGUCGAUGCCAGUGCUUCGAAGGAAGUAGUCUUCAAGAAUACUCUUCAUGUAAUUAAGAGAUAUUGUGGCAUUGAACAAACUUGACUUCAUACAUUGGUGAAAUCCAACUGCU